AUGAAGGCUGUCACUAUUGCCGCUGCUGGUGCAGCGGUCGUGACAACUGUUUCCGCCGCCAGCCAUGUCAAGCACAUGCAUGCGAAACUCCACGGAAAUGUCGCACGCGACACCUGGGUCGACUGGAAUGCGACCGCUUCUACUUCUGUGACGCCUGUAAAUGGAGAUACAGCGAAGACCACCACCACCACGAAGGCUCCUGUCAAGGCUGCUACCACUACAGCUAGCUCUUCAAGCUCAUUCCUCUGGGAGGACUGGACUUCUUCCUCCCUCGCAGUUGACCCAGCAAAGACCUCGAGCACCACUUCUAGCACGACCACCGUUGCUGAAACAUGGGCGGAUUGGUCAAGCACCAGCGCCUCAUCAACCCCCGUCGAGGGCGUGAAAAUUAGCACAACCACGGCUACCGUCGAGCAUACUUGGGCCGAUUGGACUAGCGCCUCGUCGAUCCCGGUCGACCCUGCGACUACCACCAGCACGGAGGAGCACACCUGGGGAGACUGGACCACGAGUGAUCCGGUUGACCCAACAACAACCGUCACCGAGACCUGGGGCGACUGGACAACCGUCGACCAAACCACAACCAUCACUUUGGCUUCUACCGUUACGGCGACCAAAUACGUCGAGCCCGUCAGCGCUGAGUCGACGGACUCGUCUACAUGGGCGGAGUGGACCUCCACUUCAGCCUCCUCAGUUGCGGCGGCCGUCACCAGUGUCAUUACCUCGACGGUUACCCCAGGCUGGUCUUCCUCGGGCUGGUUCGGUCCUUCCGUGGCCGUUGAAGCCGACAGCUGCGCCAUCUCCGUCAUUACUUCUUAUGGCCUCCCAACUUGGUAUCCCACGCCUGUCCUCGCUGUGAGCACGACAAGCAGCACUACUUCCAGUGCCACAUGGGCCGAUUGGACUUCGUCAAGCUCCAACACGCCAGCAGCAGCAGCAACGACAACAACCAGCAGCACCUCAUCCUACGUCUGGGCUGAUUGGACCUCAAGUUCUAUCCCCGUAGAGGGCGCGCAAACUACGACUAGCGCUUCCUAUGUCUGGGGCGACUGGACUUCGACUUCCACCUACAGCCCAGCGGCUGUGGCUACCUCGAGCGAGACAUGGGCCGAUUGGUCAUCUACGACUGAAACUGCGUCUGUGUCUGUGAGCACUGCAAGCAGCUCUGCCUCUUCAGGUUCUUGGUCAAAGCCAAGCGGUGGUUCGCAGGGUGGCAGCCCUGGCAUCUCAUCGAAUGGUGAUUCGUGGGGCAUGACUUAUUCUCCCUACACUGCGCAGGGUGGUUGCAAGGACGCUGGUACCAUUGCCGCUGACAUGGCCGUCAUCGCACAGAAAGGAUUCUCCUCUGUUCGCGUCUACAGCACUGACUGCAGCACGCUCGAGAACAUUGGCGGUUCUGCCCGCAACAAUGGCCUGAAACUGAUUUUGGGUGUCUGGAUUUCAUCGACAGGCAUCUCAGGUGCUCAAGGCCAGGUCCACGAUAUUGUUGCCUGGGCACAGUGGGAUAUUGUUGAACUCAUUGUCGUCGGUAACGAGGCCGUCUUUAACGGCUACUGCUCUGCCAGCGAGCUGGCUGGAUUUAUCUCUAGCAGCGCCGCUGCUUUCAAGGGUGCCGGCUAUACCGGUGCGGUAACCACGACCGAGCCUCUGUCUGUCUGGGAAGACACUAGCAAUGCGUCCGCCUUCUGCAGCGUCGUUGAUGUUGUCGGUGCCAACUUGUACGCCUUUUUCAAUGCUCAAGUGACUGCCGACAAAGCCGGUAGCUUCAUUCAGUCAGAGAUCAAUAUCUUGGAUGCGGUUUGCUCUGGAAAGCCGGUCUAUGUCUUGGAAUCUGGAUGGCCUCACGCUGGCAACUGCAACGGUGCCGCUUGCCCCAGCCCUCAAAACCAGGCAACUGCUCUUAAGGGCAUUCAGGCAACCGUGGGUGCUCAAGUCGUCUUCUUGAGCUACGAGGAUGAGCCGUGGAAGGAGCCGGGCCAGUUCGGCGUGGAGCAAUUCUGGGGUUGCGCCGGUGUCUUCUAA